AUGCCUAUUGUUCAUCACGAGGACCAAGAAUUUAACCUAUCGCACGAGCAGGAACACAUGCUAAAUGAGUUCCAAGUGAUUUCUAAUUUCCCGGACGCAGAACUGGCGCAGGUGGUUAGACUGCUGGAGAACAACAGCUGGCAGCUGGAGCCUGCAUUGUGCCGAUACUUCGAUGGCAAUUGGCAAGAAAACUUGGAACAGCCACCUGCAGUAGCUCCAAGACCUCCUACUCCCAUGGAAAGUGAGCAAAUUGCGCACACAGCUAACCCGUUUGAAAUGGGCGAUCACACCGCUUUUGUACCGAAACUACCCAUUGUGAAGAGGCUUCCUUUGGAUUUCAAGGAUAAAUUUCAGUAUGCAGGCCUAGAUCGGCGAACUAAUGAAUUUGCUACGCAUCCUGGCCUGUUUGUCUUGUUACUGAUACCUAAGCUACUUCUCAGAAUAGGGACCGGAUUAUUGACACUGCUGUGGUCAAUCAUUUCAUUCGGCUUCACCAACAGUCAACCAAGAACGGAGUUCACAGUUCAAAGAGUACCCCGAUACCCAGAGGAUAACCCAAGGCCUUUCAGUGAGACGCUGGCGGCUCUGGUAGGUCCCCAAUCCGACUUGCAAUCGUUGUUGAGCCCCGACCGUUUCAAUACCAUUUAUGAAGAAUGUGAACGACAAUUCAAACCUAUGCUAGUAGUGUGUUUGGGAGAUUUAGAAUCCGAAGAGCUCGAUAAAAGGGAUCAAAACUCCAGCAGGUUUGUGAAAAACAUCCUCAACGAUCCCUCUACCUUGCAAUUGUUACGCGAACAAGCGGGCAAUGUUAUGAUCUAUAUGAAUUCAGCGACCUCACCGGAGAUGUGGGCUCUAGCAAAACAACUCAAACUGAGUCACACGCCGACCUGCCUACUCGUGGCGAAUGUUUUAAACUCUAAGGGCUCCAUGAAUGGGGUAACUCGUAUGUCUGUAAUUGGGAAGUUGAAGGUCAGUUCCUUGAGAAGCUUCCAAAACUCUUUCAAAGUAACGCUCGAAAGGCAUAGUGCUGAGUUGGUGGUUAGCAGAAAUGAACAGGAGGAGCUGAGAAUGGCCAGAGAAAUAAAGGAAUUACAAGACCAUGCUUACUUAGAGUCUUUAAGACAAGAUCAAAUUAAGGAACAGAAACGACAAGACGAGGAAAAGAGAACCAAGUUGCAGCAAGAAGCUGAGUUAUCCAAGGCCCAAGAAAUCAAACGGAGAAGAACUUUGGGUAUUCUGUCAACUUUGAAGUUCGGUCUCAAAAUGGUAGAAAACAAACGCAGGGGGGAUCUGACAACCUUACAGAUUAGAACCGCCAGUGGCAAAAGACUUGUAACAAAAUUCAAUGGCGAUGAAUCUUUGCAAGACAUUUACCAAACUGUUAAAUGUUUUCUAAUCCUGAACUUGAAAACGUUAGAAAGUACGGAAGUUGCCGAUAGCAUUAAAGAAAUGCUCUUGAAGCUUGCACAAGACGGUGAUGUAUUGGCGUGGAAAGAUAAGCAGUGGUCGCACGACUCAUUCGCUGGCGAAACUGCAGACUCAUUGAGGGACUUGAUAAACAAAGAGUUGAGCGAUGGAACUGAGUCGAGCGAUGAUGCUUGGCUUGAUAUUGAUUUCGAAUUGAUUUCCCCCUUUCCUAGAUUCAAGCUUGACUGCGUUAAGGAUAUCUGUAUCAAGGAGGUGCCUCAAAUUUGCCCCAAUGGCAAUCUCCUGGUCGAGAUGUUAAACGAAGACAUCGAUGAGGAAACUGUUGAUAGUAAUUAG